AUGAUUUCAACAAUCGGCACAACAACAAUUCAAACAACAGCACCAAACUCGUUAGUUAUGAAUCCUACGUCAAUGUUAGUAGAGAUGAAAAACUUCAUUCCUUCUUCAUAUACUUUCGAAACAAAAAUCCAGAAGAUAAAGCAAGAACUUUUAACAAGUAAUUUAGACUGUAGUGCGAAAGAUGAAACAAAUGAACAGUAUCUUUAUGAAAUGCAGGACAUUAUUGACCAUUUGCCUAAACUACCUGAAAUUCAGCAACAAAAACUCACUAUUCCUGAAUUUGACGAAAUUGAAGUCAAAGCAACUGACUCAGUAGAAAUAAAGAAGUUCAUACGAAAGGUAAACUAUGAAUUCCUUGGUUUUCAUUGCAACCAUAAGGUUAUGGACAAAGAUUGCGAUAUGGUAUAUAAGAAUGUUUCUGACAUAUAUAAAUCUGAAGAAUUUAAGACCUACGACAACUUUGUUUCGUUAGUUGCAGAAUGUGUAUGGCAGAUAAGAGAUAAAGAUAGAAGA